AUGUCUGCGUCAUCGGAUAAUGGUGGUUCGUGUUGUUCCACAUCACCGUCCAGUUCUUGUCUAGCGACUUGUCCUGUUUGCCACGUUCCUCGUCGAGACGACUACGCUUUAUGGCAACACAUAAAUCUUGAUCAUAUCAGUCGUCGUUGCUUUCCUCCUGUGGAUUUCCUUACCAGGUCAGGUCGUCGCCUUUGUUCGGUCUGCGGUUUUUCGUAUGCCAGACGGUGGAACUUUUGUCGCCGUUCUCAAGGCCCUGGUCUCCCCCGCUGUGGUGGAACCAUGUUGGAUCCGGGACAGUCAGUCUGGUUAGAUGACGUCACUGUUUGUUCCUCUUCAGCUGCCAAUUGUUCGAAUUUCACACUUGCUCCACAGCUGCCUCCCUCGCAAGGAGGAGAUAGUGAGGAGGAGAUCGAUAUACAGACAGGAAUGACAGAAAUGCCAAGUUUCUAUGAGGAACCAUCUUUUCAGUCAUUUGAUGAUCCAGUCAUGGAGGCUAUCCACUCUGCUGUCCACCUGUCUUGUCACAGUUCAUCUGAGACAGUCCUUUUCAAUACCCUCAUGGAGGAAGUUUCUCACUUGCCAACUAAAACUGUCAAUCACAUCCCACGUUCUGUUCGCCCUUUACUUGGGAAAGUACUUUCUGUUGAGUUCAAACACGCCAUUAAAAACGGCAUAUGGGGGUUUGCACGUCUACAUAUGUUUGCAAAGGCUGUUCUGCGCUGCCCGCCUAGAGGAGGAAGGAAAAAACGGUAUGUGGUGAAGUCAAUACUUCAAUCUCGUCUUGAUCGUUGGCAAUCUGGAGACCUUCCCUCUUUGUGGGCUGAUGCUAGAGCUGAUGCUAUCUCUCAUAUGUCUUCCAGUAGCAAGAAACCAUCAAUUGCUCAAAACAAUGCCAGACGUUCUUUAGCCUUGGCACGAGAAGGUCGUUUCCGAGAUGCUAUGCGCGUUUUAGGCUCAUAUGGCUUGGCAGCCUCUGAUGAUAAUGACGCUAUACAUGAACUACAACAACGCCAUCCUUGCCACUCACUCCCUGAAUGGAAUACAGACAUUCCACCAACGAUCACUGUCAAUCAGGAUUCAGUGCUUACUGCCUUACGUGCCUUUCCUAGAGGUUCAAGUCCUGGAGCUUCUCAACUGCAACAUCAGCACCUGAUUGAUGCAAUAGAUGGAACCACAACUCCUUCCUCAAUAGACUGCUUGGAUAGUCUUACUCAAUUCAUUUGUUUCUUGUUAUCGGGUCAUGCUGAUGUUCGCAUAUCUCCUUGGCUGGUUGGGGCACCUUUGACUGCUCUUCGAAAGAAAUCCGGUGGCAUACGGCCUAUUGCAGUUGGUGAAAUUCUGCGACGCCUGGCCAGUAGGCUUUGUUGUAUGGCUGUGAAAUCUACACUGCCGGAAGUCUUUUUGCCAUAUGGCCAGGUUGGUGUUGGUGUACCUGGAGGUGUCGAAGCAGCCAUUCAUGCCCUUUCUGCUCUUCUUGAUGAACAUGGUGACAACGCUGACUUGUGUUGUCUCAAGAUUGAUUUUUCAAACGCUUUUAAUGAAUGCUUUCGCUCCUCUUUCUUGCAUCGCCUACACAGAGAAUUCCCUGCUCUAUUUGGCUGGGCACAAUGGUGCUACCAUUGUGAAGGCUUCCUCAACUUUGGUGAUAUUCUAAUUCCUUCAUCAGGAGGUGUACAACAGGGAGAUCCUUUGGGCCCUCUCUUAUUCUCUCUUGUCAUCAUGGAGUUGAUGGACAGUAUUGGUCCUCUUCCCGACAUCAACAUGAAGCUUUGGUAUCUUGAUGACGGUUCGUUCGUUGGUCCCCGCACUGCAGUUGCUACUCUCCUUAAUGUUCUUGAAAUAAAAGGACCCCUGUUUGGGCUACACCUUAAUACGAGCAAAUGUGAGGUGUUUUGGCCUUCCGGCGAUCAACAGUUUCUUGAUUUCCCUCCUGAAGUUCAACGUAUCACUGAAGUGGCCGGAGGAGCUGAAUUACUGGGUGCACCACUCUGUGGAUCAGACGCUUUCUUUGCCAUGUCAGUUGCUAAAAGGAUUGACAAAAUCAGUGACUGUCAAAAUCGUUUGUCUGAUUUAGAUGACCCCCAGGUGGAAUUACACCUUUUACGUAGUUGCUUGGGUCUCUGUAAACUCAAUCACAUCAUCCGUACAGUUCCAACAAACAAGAUCACCAAGGAGCUGUUGAGAUUUGACGUCAAUUUACGCCACUGCUUGGAAAGCCUGUCUCGUUCCUCCAUUUCUAAUGAAGUUUGGUCACAGGCUACCAGGCCCAUUCGUCUCGGAGGUCUCGGUCUUCGUGAAGCUAGUCGUUCUGCCCCAGCAGCUUUUUUGGGAAGCUGCAACUCAUCUCGUGAUUUGACCAGCAGACUUCUACUGUCAUGUUCUUUGCCUUUCCAUCAGUCAAAUGAAACGUCUCACGUUGAGAGAGAGGAUCAGGUAUCGGAGAUAACAAUUCCUGGAGAGCUUGACUGCCGUAGCAUUCUAUCCACACUUCUUCCAGAUAAUCAAGAUCUACAAAUUCGUAAAAUGACUCAAAAAGAAAUACAACGAUUACUAGAUGUCUCACUCAGUCUUCACAUCCAAGACAGUACUCCCAGCAUAAGAGAUAAGGCUCGUCUGAACGCAAUUUCAACCCCACACUCCGGAUCAUGGCUGCGGGCAUUACCCAACACAAAUCUCGGCCUCGUCAUGUCUCGGGAGGAAUUCCUGGUUGCUCUGCGUCUUCGCCUCGGUAUUGCUGUUUUCCCCUCUUCUCCACUUCUUGUUCGGUGUCCAUGCGGUCAAGUAAUUGACAAAUUUGGAGACCAUGUUCUUGGUUGUGGUUCUGGGCCGCUUCGCUUGAAGCGCCACAAUGCUCUAUGUGAUAUUCUGUAUCGAUAUCUGCUAGUGGAUAAUGCUGGGUCUCGUAGAGAACAGUGUUUCUCCAGCGAAAGUAACGACAGGCCUGGAGACGUCUUCCACCCGGAUUUCUUACAAGGAAAAGCUGCUUUUUUUGACAUCUCAGUUAGAAAUUCUUUUACCAAUCAUUUCAUCAACAGUUGCUCUACCAAAGCAGGAGCUGCCGCCGAAGCUGGCGAAGUUCAGAAAGACCUUCGCUACGAUUCAGACGUCACAAGCACAGGAGCCAGUUUUUACCCUAUGAUUGUUGAGACAUAUGGAACAUGGUCCACAUACAGCUUGGAGAUCAUAAAAGUGAUUGCAAGGAAAACUUCAGUUUUGAACAAAUUACCUGUUAGCAGAAUAGUAUGUAACAUACAUGAACAACUAGCAGUACGACUUUGGCAGUAUAAUGCCAGGAUGGUUUUGGACAGGCUACAUUUGGUCUGUCAUGGAGAGUAAAAU